UACUUAACCCCAAAACCCCUCAUCGAAAAACCCUCUUUCUUAAGGUCCUCUGUUCUCUCUCUCUCUCUUUCAAACUGUGUUCAUCUCUUUUUUAACUCUCUCCAACCCUCUUCUUCUCUUUCUCUGCACUUGUUGAACCUGAGAAGCUUAGCCCAGACAAGCUUCGAACUGAAGGCAAUGAGCCAGCUUCAGAAGAGCCUGUCAUUGGCUUCUUCUUCCAGUAACGCCAUUUCUUCCUCUGUAUUUUCAACAGCGUUCUCUGCUUUUUCCUCCUCCAGACUCCGUCAUUUCACCACCAAGAAUCAUCUGGCAGCAAGUAUUUUGAAAGCUUAUCCGUUGCAGGGCAGCACUCUUCAAAAUUAUACUAGCAAAUACACACCCGUUUUACCAUUUUCCACUGCUUGUAAUUCAGCCAGAUGUUCUCAGCUUGUUUUUAGAAAAGGUGGAGUAACAUUUGCUGUCACAACUGAACGUACAAAGGCUGGGCAGUAUCGUGCAUGCGAUGGGCCAAGUGUUUUCACUCUAUAUUCCCGCUUACCAUUGAGAUUUCCUCAUUCUGCUGCAUUACCAAAUGCUUCUAACCAACAGCUGUUAAAUGGCAUUUUUGCACAUAAACUUCCUAAUUAUAGAGCGUUUGGAAGGAAGUUCUUUUCUAACACUACAGAAGCAUUGAAUGGAACUAAGAAAAAGAAUGUUAAAUAUGCAAGGAAGGGAACAAGUACAUUCCCAAUUGAAGGAUCAAAUAAAAAGUUGAAGGGUGAAAAGCCUGUUGCUACAUCUAGGAAAAAAAGAAUUAGUGCUUCAAAGGCCUCAGGCUCCACCUAUGUUGGUGAAACAAAUUCAAGCGAUCAGUUGGUUGGUGCUAUGAAGGAGGCAAAUCUAGUUUCUUCUUCUUCAUCCACUAGGAAAGCAUCCAAGGGUUUGAAUGAAAAGAAGUCUCGGAGCAAGAAAAAGAAGGAGGCUAUUUCUUCAACCAAUGAUGCAGAUGUUAAAGCCGUAUGCAAGGAUGGUCAGUCAAAGAGCUUUGGUAGCAGCAAUACUGACCAGGAUGUUGUACAAGAUCCAAAGAAAAAUGUAACCGGGGGUACUUCCAAAGAUUCUGCUUCAACCAAAAAAAAAUCCAAUAAGCAAAAACGCAGUUCCAGCAGAAAGAAAGAAGCUACGAAAAGCGCUAAUAAGUUGCGACAGAAGCCACACGUCGUAGUGGAUGCAAGGGGGACAUCUCAGGUAAGGACCACUUUCAAGCAGCUAUAUCCCCCAAUGGGAAAAUCUGUUGUGAUUGUGGAAUCUGUUGCAAAGGCAAAAGUUAUUCAGAAUUAUCUUGGUGAUAUGUUUGUGGUGCUACCUAGCCAUGGCCAUGUUAGAGACUUGGCUGCAAGGUCUGGAUCUGUAAGACCUGAUGACGACUUCAUUAUGGUGUGGGAGGUUCCUUCUGCUGCCUGGACUCAUCUCAAAAGCAUUGAACUUUCCUUAAAUGGAGCAGAGAACCUUAUUCUUGCAUCUGAUCCAGAUCAAGAAGGUGAAGCUAUUGCUUGGCAUAUAAUUGAGAUGUUGCAGCACCAGAAUUCUCUACAUGAAGGUAUUAGCAUAGCAAGGGUUGUUUUUCAUGAAAUAACCGAGGCUUCUAUCAAGAGUGCCCUGCAAUCUCCUAGAGUAAUUGAUGAAAACUUGGUUCAGGCUUACCUUGCACGCCGUGCUUUAGAUUAUUUGAUUGGAUUUAAUAUUUCACCAUUAUUAUGGAAGAAAUUACCAGGUUGCCGAUCACCUGGGCGUGUUCAAUCAGCUGCACUCGCCCUAAUAUGUGAUAGAGAAACGGAAAUUGAUGAAUUUCAUGCACAAGAAUAUUGGACUAUUGACAUUAAGUUGAACCAAAAAAAUCCUUGUUCUUCAGUGGGAGAUUUUGCAGUCCCUGCACAUUUGACCCAUUUUGAUUUUAAGAAGUUAAAUCAGCUUGCAAUCAGCUCCAACAUGGAGGCAAAGAACAUAGAAACUGCGCUGAAAUCAGUAAAUUUUCAAGUGCUUAGCUCUAAAAAGAGUAUAGUGCAGACAAACCCUCCAAUGCCAUAUAUAACAUCUACACUUCAGCAAGAUGCAGCAAACAAAUUUAAUUUCCCUGCAAGUUACACAAUGCAGCUUGCCCAGAAACUUUAUGAGGGAAUUCAAUUGGCUGAUGGAAAAGCAGCUGGUCUAAUAACUUAUCCAAGAACGGAUGGGCUGCAUAUCUCUGAUGAAGCCGUUAAGGACAUUCACUCCCUGAUUAUGCAAAGAUAUGGGCAGGAUUUUGUAUCCAAAAGUGGACACAAAUAUUUUAAGAAGGUGAAUAAAGCUCAAGAGGCUGACGAAGCAAUCAGACCCACUGAUGUGCAACUCUUGCCCUCAAUGCUAGUGGGAAUACUUGACGAAGAUUCUCACAAACUAUACUCUCUUAUUUGGCUCAGAACGAUGGCAUGUCAAAUGGAACCUUCUAUCAGUGAACAGAUUGAAAUUGACUGUGGACUUACCGAUGAAUCCAUCGUUUCCGGAUCUACAUGCUCAAGAGUUCAAUUUCGUGGGUUUCAAGAUAUUUUUGAGGAUCCAGAAGUUCAUGCAGUCAAACAUGAAAACCAUGAAGAAAGUGGACAAGAUGAACUGUUCAGAAUUCUGAAUGCAUUGAAGCCAGGGGAUCAAUUGUCUCUACUUGCUGUUGAACUCAAGCAACAUUUUACCCAGCCCCCACCCCGCUAUUCAGAGGGAACAUUGGUUAAAAGGAUGGAGGAGCUAGGGAUUGGAAGACCUUCCACAUAUGCAACCACAAUAAAAGUUUUACAGGACAGGAACUACGUGUCAGUGAAAAGUUGUGUUCUACAUCCGGAGUUUCGUGGGCGCAUAGUAUCGGCAUUUCUUUGUCAUCAUUUCUCUGAGGUCAGCAAUUGUAGUUCUACUGCAGACAUUGAAAAUAAGCUUGAUAAUGUCUCAGCUGGUUUAACUGAAUGGAAAGGCUUCCUAAGAGAUUGUUGGACCCAGAUCAGCUCAUAUUGUAAACGUGCUAAUAAUGUUAAUGUUAAUCAGGUGGAAAAGAUGUUGGAGAAGAAAUAUGGGGACUUCUUAUUUUCUUUUCUUCCUGAUAAUUCCAGAGCAUGUCCAAGUUGUCCGGAUGGCACUCUGUGCUUCAAAGUUAGUCGGUUUGGUGUUGGCUAUUACAUAGGUUGUGAUCAACACCCAUCAUGCAAGUAUGUUGCAAAAACUUUAUUUGGUGAGGAUGAAGAUAAAGAUAAAGAUCCUUCUGAAAUUGACAAUGGGGGGGUAGAGCCAAAGGUUCUUGGUCUUCAUCCAGUUUUGAAGGAAAAGGUUCUUUUGAAGACUGGUCCAUUUGGGUGUUAUAUACAACUUGGUGAGGACAGGAAAGGGUACAUGCCCAAAAGAGCCUCUGUUUUUGAGAUAAAGGACGUGAACUCCAUUACUCUCGAUUUUGCCAUUGAUCGUUUACGCUACCCAAUUACUUUGGGAAAACAUCCAAAGGAUGGCCAACCAGUGAUAAUAAAGAUCGCAAGAACUGGAUUCACAAUUAGACAUGGACGCACGAUAGCUUCCAUUCCUAAGAAUUUGAAGCCUAAUAAUGUCGAUUUAGCGAAAGCAUUGAAGCUUCUGUCAAGUAGCGGUGUUAGAAGGGUCGGGCGACCUAAAGGCCUCCUUCCCAAGGUUGAGGAUGACUUCUAUUGAGCUUCUCAAAAUAGGUGAUUUAUGUGUUGCCCUUUGGCUUGUUUAUUCAUUUGGAUUUUAACUUUGAUUAUAAAUUUAGCUUUUCUUUUUAAGGUUUUCUUCUCCUCGCUUUAUCCUUUAUUUUGUAUUCUUUUCCAAUGUGUGCAUUCGUGUAAGGAGAUUGGUUCGAUAUUCAUAGUGGAAAAUUAGGACAUAGAAUUAGUGUUUAUUAUUUCAGUAAUGUUGAUUUUAUUUUAUAGAUUUUUAGUUUAGGUUGUGUU